AUGUCGACCCCUACCGCCAAAGUGAGUCCAACAUAUGAAUCUACAUCCGCAACAUACCAAGCCGAACGUUGUCCCCCUCCCCCCCCCCCCGCUUACCCUUACUCCUUCCCACCCCAGUUGUGGUUACGAUGCGAGACGAAGGAGUUCGAGCACCGCGCGUGCCUGACCCCGACGACGGCGAAGCAACUCAUGGAUGCGGGGUUCCAGAUCACGGUUGAGGAGGAUCCGCAGAGGAUCUUUGAGGAUGCUGAAUAUGAAAAGUACGUUGGUUUGAUUGAACGUGGGGGGAGAAAAGUGGGGAGGACGACCUUAUCUUCCGGCUACGUGCUCCGUACUUUAUCGUCGUUUCUGGGACUCGGGACAUCAGCAGCUGAUCACUCUACACGACUCCCACUCAGGGUCGGCUGCAAGAUGGUCAAACCCAACACGUGGCCUUCCGCUCCUCAAGACGAGAUCAUCAUCGGUCUCAAAGAGUUGCCACCUAACGAUAACUCCGCUUUACCGCACACGCACAUCAUGUUCGCUCAUUGUUACAAGUCGCAAGCGGGUUGGAUCGACGUUCUCCAUCGUUGGGAUCGAGCUCAACCGACGACCGGUAUGCUGUACGAUCUCGAAUUCUUACAAGACGAACGAGGUCGUCGCGUCGCCGCUUUUGGUUAUCAUGCUGGUUUCGCCGGCGCGGCCGUUGGAGCUUUGGCUUUGGUCGAACAGAUCAACGAAAAGAGGUUGGGUCAGAUCGAACCUUGUCCCAAUGAGAAGCAGUUGAUCGAACACGUCAAGACGCAGUUGGAGCAAGUCAAGAAAUCGUUGGCAAGGCCGGUGAAGGCGUUGGUCAUUGGGGCUUUGGGGAGGUGUGGAAGGGGUGCGGUCGAUUUCUUCUUGGCCGCUGGUUUGAACAGGUGAGCAAAACACAAACCAUUCCGAUUCCCUGGACAGAUGUGAUGGCCAACACCCUUUCCAUGGCCUCUACAGCGAGGACGUUAUCAAGUGGGACAUGGCCGAGACGGCCAAAGGUGGACCGUUCGACGAGAUUCUAGAAGGUGAGGGGGCCUAAACCCUAAAACUACACUCCUAUAAAACUGUCCAACCUGAGCUUCACUCCCUUUUUUCUAACCCCCCAGUCGACAUCUUUGUGAACUGCAUCUACCUCUCGCACAAGAUCCCUUCGUUCGUUUCGCGCGAUUCGAUCGCCGCCUUCAAAGGUGAUCGUCAAUUGCGUUGCGUGGUCGAUGUUUCAUGCGAUACUACGAACCCCAAUAACCCGAUCCCGAUCUACGACAUCAAUACGACGUUCGAUAAGCCCACGGUCGAUGUAGAAGGGUCAGUCCUACGGGGAAGGGAUCUCCUUUUGAUCGGAACGCAUUUGAGAGUGCGCCAUCAUGCUAACUUUCCAGCCCCCCUUCCACUCGAAAGGAUCACCUCCGGCCCUACCCUAACCGUCGUCUCGAUCGACCACCUCCCUACUCUCCUUCCCCGAGAAGCGUCCGAAGCGUUCUCAAAGGACCUACUACCUUCACUCUUAACGCUCCCCCAAGCGAUCGAGGAACGUAAGCAACGUGGUCUGGGACGAAGCAUCAAGCUUUCGCAAGUGGGUACCGGUCCCGAGAGGGUUUGGAAGGAAGCUGAGGCGUUGUUUUGGGCCAAGUUGGAGGAGAGUAGACUCGCGGCGAAGGUAUGA